CCCAGCACGCUCUGCCGCCUCAGCCCCGCACCGCACCGCACCGCACCGCACCGCACGGCCCCCCGCCUCGCCCGCACCAUGAUCGCCGCGGCUUUCCUCGUUUUGCUGAGACCCUACAGCAUCCAAUGUGCUCUCUUCCUCUUGUUGCUUCUGCUGGGCACCAUCGCCACCAUCAUUUUCUUCUGCUGCUGGCACCGCAAGCUCCAGAAAGGGAGACAUCCGAUGAAAUCGGUCUUUUCGGGGCGUUCCAGAAGCAGAGAUGCUGUUCUGAGAUCUCAUCACUUUCGCUCUGAGGGAUUCCGAGCGAGCCCUCGGCACAUCAGGAGACGAGUUGCUGCCGCUGCUGCAGCUGCCCGGCUAGAAGAAGUGAAGCCCGUGGUGGAGGCUCACCACCAGAGUGAACAGGAGUCGUCUGUGAAGAAGCGAAGGAUCAAGAAAAACAGCCGAGUGCAGCCAGAAUUUUAUCAGUCUGUUCAAGGUGCUUCCACCAGGAGGCCUAGCUCCGGGAACGCGUCCUACCGCUGCUCCAUGUCCUCUUCUGCGGAUUUCUCUGAUGAGGAUGAUUUCAGCCAGAAAUCUGGCUCAGCAUCUCCAGCUCCUGGAGACACCUUACCCUGGAAUUUGCCUAAACAUGAGCGGUCCAAAAGAAAGAUUCAAGGGGGCUCGGUGCUGGACCCGGCUGAGAGGGCUGUGCUUCGGAUAGCAGAUGAGCGGGACAAAGUUCAAAAGAAAACCUUUACAAAAUGGAUAAAUCAGCACCUCAUGAAGGUUCGGAAACAUGUGAAUGAUCUCUAUGAAGACUUGAGGGACGGGCACAAUUUGAUCUCCCUUCUGGAGGUCCUUUCUGGAGACACCUUGCCAAGGGAGCGAGACUUUUUGAAGAACUUACGGUUGGUGAGUGCAACAGCAGCAUGCGAGUGUGCGCAGCAUGAGGAUGUGGAGGAUGAGGACAAGGGGCCCAGAGAGAAGGGUCGGAUGCGCUUUCACAGACUGCAGAAUGUACAGAUUGCACUGGAUUAUUUGAAAAGACGCCAGGUGAAGUUAGUGAAUAUUAGAAACGAUGACAUAACAGAUGGAAAUCCUAAGCUGACUUUGGGAUUAAUAUGGACAAUAAUUUUGCACUUUCAGAUAUCUGACAUCCAUGUAACUGGAGAGUCCGAGGACAUGUCUGCGAAAGAGAGGUUGCUACUGUGGACACAGCAGGCAACGGAGGGCUAUGCCGGGGUACGGUGUGAAAAUUUCACUACCUGCUGGAGAGAUGGGAAACUGUUCAACGCCAUCAUUCAUAAAUACAGGCCGGACCUGAUAGACAUGAAUACUGUUGCUGUUCAAAGCAACCUUGCAAAUUUAGAGCAUGCUUUUUAUGUAGCUGAAAAAAUCGGUGUUAUAAGACUUCUGGACCCCGAAGAUGUGGAUGUCUCUUCGCCUGAUGAGAAGUCAGUAAUAACCUAUGUGUCCUCCCUGUAUGACGCAUUUCCCAAAGUCCCCGAAGGUGGUGAAGGCAUUGGUGCAAACGAUGUUGAAGUCAAGUGGAUCGAAUACCAGAAUAUGGUGAACUACCUCAUCCAGUGGAUUAGACACCACGUGGUCACAAUGUCUGAGAGAACAUUUCCUAACAAUCCUGUAGAACUAAAGGCACUUUAUAAUCAGUAUUUACAGUUCAAAGAAAAAGAAAUCCCACCAAAGGAGACAGAGAAAUCAAAAAUUAAACGACUAUAUAAAUUAUUAGAGAUUUGGAUAGAGUUUGGACGCAUCAAACUCCUUCAAGGUUAUCAUCCAAAUGACAUUGAAAAAGAGUGGGGCAAGCUCAUCAUUGCCAUGCUUGAGCGGGAGAAGGCGCUCCGACCAGAGGUGGAGAGGUUGGAUAUGCUGCAACAGAUUGCUGUCCGAGUUCAGAGGGACAGUGUCAUCUGUGAAGACAAACUGAUCCUAGCCCGAAAUGCUCUCCAGUCUGAUUCCAAAAGAUUAGAAUCAGGAGUGCAGUUUCAGAACGAAGCAGAAAUUGCCGGGUACAUACUUGAAUGUGAGAACCUUUUACGCCAGCAUGUGAUUGAUGUACAGAUUCUGAUCGAUGGGAAGUAUUACCAGGCAGACCAGUUGGUGCAGAGGGUUGCAAAGCUGCGCGAUGAAAUUAUGGCCUUAAGGAACGAGUGUUCCUCAGUGUACAGCAAAGGACGCAUGCUGACCACAGAGCAGACGAAACUCAUGAUAUCAGGAAUCAGUCAAAGUUUAAACUCAGGAUUUGCACAGACCUUACACCCCAGUCUGAACUCAGGGCUAACCCAGAGUUUAACACCUUCCUUGACCUCUUCUAGUGUGACUUCUGGCUUGUCAUCAGGGAUGACUUCCCGUCUGACUCCAUCUGUUACUCCGGCUUAUACGCCUGGCCUCCCAUCAGUGGUAGCUCCAAAUUUCAGUUUAGGAGUAGAGCCAAAUUCAUUACAGACUCUGAAGCUAAUGCAGAUCAGAAAGCCCCUGCUGAAGUCGUCUUUGCUGGAUCAGAAUUUGACAGAAGAGGAAGUCAAUAUGAAAUUCGUUCAGGAUCUCUUGAACUGGGUUGAUGAGAUGCAGGUGCAGCUGGACCGUACUGAAUGGGGCUCAGACUUGCCAAGUGUUGAAAGCCAUUUAGAAAACCAUAAAAAUGUUCACCGAGCCAUUGAAGAAUUUGAAACUAGCCUUAAGGAAGCUAAACUUAGUGAGAUUCAGAUGACGGCGCCUCUUAAGUUAACUUACACAGAUAAGUUGCACAGAUUACAGAGUCAAUAUGCAAAACUCUUGAAUACAUCCAGAAAUCAGGAGCGGCACCUUGAUACGCUCCAUAAUUUUGUAACACGGGCAACUAAUGAGCUUAUCUGGUUGAACGAGAAGGAAGAGGAAGAAGUUGCUUAUGACUGGAGCGAGAGAAACACCGGUGUGGCUCGAAAGAAAGGGUACCACGCGGAGCUCAUGAGAGAACUCGAGCAGAAAGAGGAGAGUAUUAAAGCCGUACAGGAGAUCGCAGAGCAGCUGCUUCUAGAAAAUCACCCAGCCCGCUUGACUAUAGAGGCAUACAGAGCAGCGAUGCAGACACAGUGGAGCUGGAUCUUACAGCUCUGCCAGUGUGUGGAGCAGCACAUCAAGGAAAACACUGCCUAUUUUGAGUUUUUCAAUGAUGCCAAAGAAGCCACUGAUUACCUAAGGAAUCUGAAGGAUGCCAUUCACCGCAAGUACAGCUGUGACCGAUCCAGCAGCAUUCACAAACUAGAAGACCUCGUUCAGGAGUCCAUGGAGGAAAAAGAAGAGCUUCUGCAGUACCGGAGCUCGGUGGCCGGCCUCAUGGGGAGAGCAAAGACCAUAGUACAGCUAAAGCCAAGGAGUCCUGACAAUCUACUCAAAACCUCCAUUCCGAUCAAAGCCAUCUGUGACUACAGACAGAUUGAGAUAACCAUUUACAAAGACGAUGAAUGUGUUCUGGCGAACAAUUCUCAUCGCGCCAAGUGGAAGGUCAUCAGUCCUACUGGGAACGAGGCCAUGGUCCCAUCGGUGUGUUUUACUGUUCCCCCGCCAAACAAAGAAGCAGUUGACUUUGCAAACAGAAUUGAGCAGCAGUAUCAGAAUGUCCUCACUCUUUGGCAUGAAUCUCACAUAAACAUGAAGAGUGUAGUCUCCUGGCAUUAUCUAGUGAAUGAGAUUGACAGAAUUCGAGCCAGUAACGUGGCUUCGAUCAAGACAAUGUUGCCUGGCGAACACCAGCAGGUUCUGAGUAAUCUGCAAUCCCGUUUGGAAGAUUUUCUGGAGGAUAGCCAGGAAUCCCAAAUAUUUUCAGUCUCGGAUGUAUCUCAGCUAGAAAAGGAGGUGAAUGUAUGUAGGAAGUAUUAUCAAGAGCUUCUCAAGUCUGCAGAAAGAGAGGAGCAAGAGGAGUCAGUGUAUAACCUUUACAUCUCGGAAGUGAGGAACAUUCGCCUUCGGUUGGAGAGCUGUGAAGACCGCUUAAUUCGGCAGAUACGGACUCCCCUGGAAAGAGACGACUUGCAUGAAAGCAUGUUCAGAAUCACGGAACAGGAGAAACUAAAGAAAGAGCUGGAACGGCUUAAAGAUGAUUUGGGAACGAUCACUAACAAGUGUGAAGAAUUCUUCAGUCAAGCGGCAGACUCUCCAUCUGUCCCCACUCUGCGGUCAGAGCUCAGUGUGGUCCUUCAGAGCAUGACUCAGAUCUACUCCAUGUCUUCCACUUACAUAGAGAAGUUGAAAACAGUUAAUUUGGUAUUAAAAAACACUCAAGAGGCAGAAGCCCUCGUCAAACUCUAUGAAACCAAACUGUGUGAAGAAGAAGCAUUAAUAGCUGACAAGAAUAAUAUUGAGAAUCUAAUGAGUACUUUAAAGCAAUGGCGAUCAGAAGUAGAUGAAAAGAGAGGGGUGUUCCAUGCAUUGGAGGAUGAGUUGCAGAAAGCAAAAGCCAUCAGUGAUGAGAUGUUUAAGGCACACAAAGAGCGGGACCUUGACUUUGACUGGCACAAAGAAAAGGCGGACCAGCUGGUUGAAAGGUGGCAGAAUGUCCAUGUACAGAUUGACAACAGGCUUCGGGACUUAGAAGGAAUUGGGAAAUCACUGAAGUGCUACAGAGAUUCCUAUCACCCUCUGGAUGAUUGGAUCCAGCAAAUUGAAACUACCCAGAGAAAGAUGCAGGAAAACCAGCCAGAAAACAGCAAAGCCCUGGCCUUACAGCUGAAUCAACAGAAGAUGCUGGUGUCAGAAAUAGAGGUGAAACAGAGCAAAAUGGAUGAAUGUCAGAAAUAUUCCGAGCAGUACUCAGCCGUGGUAAAGGACUAUGAGUUGCAAACAAUGACCUACAGAGCCAUGGUGGAUUCACAGCAGAAGUCUCCAGUGAAACGCCGGCGGACCCAGAGCUCAGCAGACCUCAUUGUUCAGGAGUUCAUGGACCUGCGGACUCGAUACACUGCCCUGGUCACUCUCAUGACACAGUAUAUUAAAUUUGCUGGUGAUUCACUGAAAAGGCUGGAAGAGGAGGAGAAGUCUUUGGAAGAAGAGAAGAAACAGCAUGUUGAAAAAGCUAAAGAACUGCAGAAAUGGGUAUCAAAUAUCAGCAAGACAAUGAGAGAUGGGGAGAAAGCUGGGAAGCCUCUCUUCUCUAAGCAACAGAUUUCCAGUAAAGAAAUAUCAACCAAAAAGGAGCAAUUCUCUGAAGCUCUUCAAGCCACACAGCUUUUUUUGGCUAAACAUGGAGACAAACUGACAGAUGAAGAAAGAAAGGAAUUGGAGAAACAAGUGAAAGCUCUUCAAGAAGGUUAUAAUUUAUUAUUCAGUGAAUCCCUGAAACAGCAGGAACCGCAGCCCUCCGGAGAUACGAAGGCAGAGGAGAAGCUGGAUAAAGUGAUCGCGGGCACCAUCGUUCAGUCAACUGGAGAGGUCUUUUCCGUCUUCCAGGCGGUUUUAAGAGGCCUUCUUGACUAUGAGACAGGAAUCAGGUUGCUUGAGGCACAGCUAGUGAUUUCUGGUUUGAUUUCACCAGAAUCAAGAAAGUGUUUUGACCUCCAAGAUGCUGAAAGCCAUGGCCUCAUUGAUGAACAAAUUCUGUGCCAACUGAAAGAGCUAAAUGAAGUAAAGCAGAUCAUUUCCACUACGUCACCAACUACGAUUCCUGUGCUGGAUUGUCUGGCUCAAGGCAUGAUAUCAGAAUCCAUGGCCAUCCGCGUUCUUGAGAUACUGCUUUCUGCAGGUGCUCUGGUGGCUCCAGCCACAGGCGAACACCUGACGCUACAAAAGGCUUUCCAGCAGAAUUUGAUUUCCUCAGCAUUGUUUUCUAAAGUCCUUGAAAGGCAAAACACUUGCAAAGAUCUUAUUGACCCAUGCACUUCCGAGAAGGUAUCUUUAACUGACAUGGUCCAAAGAAGCAUUUUGCAGGAAAAUACCGGGAUUUGGCUUUUACCCGUGAGACCACAGGAAGCGGGCAGAAUAACACUGAAAUGCGGAAGAAGCAUCAGCGUCCUAAGAGCCGCUCAUGAAGGGCUCAUAGACCGUGAAACCAUGUUUAGGUUGUUAGGUGCACAGCUUCUGUCUGGUGGUCUGAUCGAUUGCAACUCUGGUCAAAGAAUGACUGUGGAAGAAGCCAUGGCAGAAGGAAUGAUUGACAGGGACACUGCAAGCAGUAUCCUCACCUAUCAGCUUCAGACCGGUGGGAUCCUGCACUCUAACCCUGCUAAGCGCUUAACGGUAGACGAAGCAGUGCAGUGUGACUUGAUAACUUCCAGCAGUGCGCUUCUGGUUCUGGAGGCUCAGCGGGGCUAUGUUGGACUCAUUUGGCCCCACUCCGGUGAAAUAUUUCCCACAUCUUCUUCCUUACAGCAAGAGUUGAUUACAAAUGAAUUAGCCUACAAAAUUCUGAAUGGGAGACAGAAAAUCGCUGCUCUCUAUAUCCCAGAAAGUUCUCAGGUCAUUGAUUUGGAUGUUGCUAAGCAGCUGGGAAUUAUAGAUAAUAACACAGCAUCCAUUUUAAAAAAUAUAACCCUGCCAGACAAAAUGCCAGAUUUGGGAGAUUUAGAAGCUUGUAAAAAUGCCAAAAGAUGGCUCUCUUUUUGUAAAUUCCAACCAUCUACAGUUCAUGACUACAGGCAAGAGGAGGAUGGCUCUGAUGGUGAAGAGUCAGUGGCAACCCAGAGCUCAGAACAAACUAAAAAGUUAUUCCUCUCUUACUUAAUGGUGAACAGCUACAUGGAUGCAAACACGGGCCAGAGGCUUUUGCUCUAUGAUGGAGACUUGGACGAGGCUGUGAACAUGCUGCUGGAAAGCUGCGGUGCAGAACUUGGAGCCGACACAGCCGUAAGAGAAAGUCUCUCUGUCCUAAGCAUCCCUGGUGCCUUUCCUCAUUGUGCCUCAAGGAAAGAAAAGGAUGAGUGUUCGACGUCAGCAGCUGGUUCUGCUAAAUGUCCUUACAGACAACCGACACAUAAAGAGGCUCUUGAAAACAGAGUGUGUGCCAUAAAUAAAGAGUUCUGUAGAUCGGGAAACAAUGACAACAGUAGUGAAUUGUAUUGGGCAGAAAACCUAACCAAUACAACAGCAAUUGUUCAUAAAGCCAGCAGUCCAUCUAGCGUGUGUGUCCCCAAACCUACAUCACAUUCAACACAGCCUGAAUAUGCAGGGGGGAGCAUGCUCAGACAUGACUCUGAUGACAUACUGAAAGACAGUAAGGAUCAAAGUGAGCUUGAAACAAAGGCACAUCCAGAUGAAUGUAAUCAUUCUAAAAGCCCUCAAGAUUUUUUGACAUCAGAAACUGGUAGACUUGGUCAUCGGAAUGAGAGAGAGAAUGAAGAUAGUAUGCAGAAGGACCCGUCUGUCUUUGACUACUCCCCCCAGCUGAGUGCCCUGUUAAGUCAUGAUGAGUUGAGGCAUAGUCAGAGCAGUUUGAGUAACACACAAACCCCACAGAACACGGGAUAUAUUUGUGAAGCUUCUCCAUUGUCAUUCAGUGACCAAAGUGUGUCAACUGAUAGAAGUACAAGAGGAAAAUUCCAAGACCAGUUUCUGGGAAUUGCAGCUAUUAACAUCAGCUUCCAGGGGGAGCACUGUGGACAGAUAUCUUUAGAUCCUGGGUGUAGUGAUCCUCAAGUACAAUAUCACAGUGAUGAAUACAUGUCAGAUGUUUCAGGUGAAAGUGAAAAUACUCAACAAACAGAUGAAAAUGAGAAAAGUGGGUCUGAGGUGGACAAAUACUCCUGUACCAUGAUCCCUGGGGAUGGUUCACACAAUACCGACACCUCUGUCUGUGGCACAUUGUCACAUAAAGGAGCCAUUGAUGCUGGUGACUAUGAGACAUCACUGUUGGCUGAUCAGCAGAGUGACUCAGGGACAGACACUGAGAGUGACGAUUAUUUUUAUGAUACCCCCUUGUUUGAAGAUGAUGACCACGAUUCUCUAGUUCUUCAAGGUGAUGAUUGUGAUGGUUUGCAGCCUGAGGACUAUGACAUGUUGCAGGAGGAAAACGAUGGAACCCCUCCUCCUGUUGAUACUCUGUAUGAUGUUUCAGAAGAGAAGAAAAGUCCUUUGUUUCCCCAAGGAGGAAUCGUUGAUAGCAUAAGUGUGAAGAACAAAGCGCACUGUUCUCAGGAAUUUCUUGUAGGUACCGAGAACGCUGAAUUACAUUUAGUUGACCAGAAACAGUUAAAUUCAGUGGCCUCAGACAAGGUGAAUGAACAAUUAAUAGAACCUACAUCCAAAAGAGAAAGCCCGGGUGACCUUGACCGUAGUGAUUCUGACUCAUUGACUGAUGGUGAAAUCACAGGAAGGAAGGAGAGCUCAGGAGCUUCUGUAACACCUGAUGAUGGUUGGAGAGGGAGAAGAGAGGAGUGUGGCACAAGCCAAGAAAGCCAGUCUGAUGCUGAUCGGGUAGGUUCCAUGCUAAGUAGAGAAAGUUCCAGGCAUUCUGUAUGUGACGGGAGUGACCCGGAUGAUGAUGAUGAUGACGAUGACACUCCCAGUGGGGACUACAGCAGUGCAGACAGUGGUGACGGAGGAGGAGGGGGACAAGGAGUGGAGGAUGAGAGUGGAAAGCCCAUGUACCAAGUUGGAGAUACCCGGUUGUGUGCCACCACUGGAAAGGAACAUGGGGGUGAAAACCGAAGUAUCAGUCCCAUGCUUCUCCUGGAUGAAAUGCACCAUGACAGUCCUUUAGGAAAGCAGCCCUGUGCAAGGGCGUUGCAGCCAGAAUCAACCGGUAAGCAAAGUCAAGGCACUGAAAGAAGCAGCCGUCCAGAACUUACGACGGAAGCUGAGGAGGAGAACAAAGUCAGCCCGGCUGGUCACAUGGCAACUCAAGAUGUGUCGCUGCCUGAUGCUAAAGACCACGCCUCGGAAAAAGUCUUUGGCUUUGAAAGUAUUUUAUCUAAGGAUACCGGUUUGAUUUCUGAAUUAGAAAGGGAUGUAAUGAGCACAAAAGUCAAGUUGGUUCAAGGGCCGGAAUCUACAAAUAUUCUGAAGGCUGAAGACGAGUAUCUUGAGAAUGUAUCACCCCAAAUCAGUCCAACUUUGGAGGAAAUCAUUUGUUCUGAAACCGAGUUAAUAGGAGGACCUUCUGGGGAAAGCCAGUUGUCAUCCACCGUAAGUGACAAGGAUCAGCAGGAAAGUGGAAGAGGUCUGGUUAAAGGUAGAGAUGGCAAAAGCGACCAGCUGGUGGAUGAGACAUCCAUUCGGGAAAUGGGCUCGGGUAAAGAGGAAGGGUCGAUAGAAGGCUCAGAAGAAGAAGAAAGGUAUCUCAGCCCCUUUCCAAAUGAAGGUGCACCAGAGAGCCUCAGUAUGGUUAAGAAUCAGUCUCCCCGUCCACUGACGAACGCCGAGGAACUCUGUCACAGAGGGGGCCUGGAAGCAGCGACUGUGCCUCUUGGAGAUGAACUCAAAAAUGUCAGUGAAAGUCCUGUUCCAUCUGAGACUCUCGCAGAAAUAUUUGACACCUCAGCUUCUAAAGUGACUCAUGCCUACUUUACUUCAGAUGUCACAUCCCCUGAGGUAAAGAGCCAUGUGGAAGAAGAUUCCUUCACAGAAGGACUGGAGACAGAGAGUGACCCGCUUACUUCCUUAGAAAACUCUGACAAACAUAUAAAAGUGGAUAUACCAGAACCAAACAAAAACACCCCAAGCUCUGUCUCAAUAGAUUCUCCUCCCACGAAGGAUGAUUUGUGGACAGUAAAUAAUGCAGAGGAAAUGUCACUCAUUCCCCAAGAAGACUGGCCUCCAGGAGCAAAAAUCCAGCCAAGUGUUACUUGUAUCAAAGAAAGUAUCUCAGAAGGAAAAACAGGAAUCCUUCAGUUCACUCCAGAAAAUAGUGACACCACACUGUCACCCCCACCUCUUAAAAGUAUGGAGGACUGUGGAGAAAAUACCAAUUCUGAGCAGUCUAAGCUCCAUCUGAAUGGAGUAAAAAAUGCCUCCAGUAACACUGUAGAUGGGGGCUGUUCACCGUUAGAAAUCAACAGGGAGAAAGAAAGCAUUGAGAAACAGCCACCCAGAGAACUAGCCUUAUCUCCAAGACUCCAAGAGAGAGAGGUUCAUGUUUCCGAGCUGUCUCUGGCAUUUGGGGAUGGCGGGGAGGCCAUCUUGAAAAGCAUGUUAGAAGGUCAUACAAAUCUCCAAGAAGGGGGAGACCCUUCAGCUUGCGCAGGCACCAAAAUUUCAAUUCAGAGCUUCAUUAAAACAGUUGUCUUGCCUCAGCUGCCGGAUGAAGUAUCUAGUGUACCCAGUCCUGGCAUUUCCCCCACGAAUAACUCAUCAGAACCGAAGGCAGAGAGUGGAGGGAAUCCUCUCUGCAUUGCGAGUCUUCAGUUGGACCUUCUUGAUAUACUGAAGCAAAAACAACAGACCCAAGAAACCUCAGGCACAUCUGAGUUGAUGAAAGUGUUAACUCACAUGGAGUGGGAUCCAGAGAAAAGAGGCAUUGCAUCUGAAUUAUUUCCACCACAACUUAAAAAUGCUUUGUACAAGCUGCUUUUGGAUGGCUAUUCCGCUGAAAGAGAACAGGCUGAAGGCUCGAAUCAGAAACCACAUGCUGCUUCUGAGGUGGUGGAAGAAAAGUCAUACAUCUGUGGUGGUCUUGAAAGCAAAGAAGGAAAUCGCCAUUCUCUGAACCCACAAACUGUAGGAGAAACAGGGGCAGAGCACUCUACUGUGCACACAGCAGCAUUGGCAGGAGAUGAGAAGCUUGAAGAGCUGUGCAGUGAGCCUCCAGGUCAUUCAGAACGUGUUUCUGGAUCAAAAGAAAUGGCCUCUGGUGACUGCUCAAUGGAAAAAUGUUCCAGUGAGUUGCAACAGUGUUUACAGCAUACUGAGAAAAUGCAUGAGUAUUUGGCUUUGCUUCGAGACAUGAAACCCCCGUUAGACAGUCAGCCGUCUGAGGAUAACAUUCUAGAAGCCUUGAAGAAUCAGCUUAAGCAGUUAGAGACAUUUGAGUUGGGAUUUGCUCCACUUGCUGUGUUUUUGAGAAAAGAUCUAAAGUUGGCAGAAGAGUUCUUAAAGUCUUUCCCUAGUGCCCUUCCCAGAAGACAUCGAGAAGAGCUGAGCAAAAGCCACGAAGGUUUACAGAGUGCCUUCUCAUCCCUCAGCAGUGCAUCCUCAGAAAGAAAGAAACGGCUUAUGCUUGCAAUCGACUCUGAAAUGUCUAAACUCACAGUUUGUCAUGAAGACUUCCUACAUAAACUUACGUCAUAUUCAGAUUGGGUAUCAGAGAAAAGCAAAUCUGUGAAGGAUAUUCAAACUGUGAACACCCAAGAUACUGAACUUGUAAAAGAAAGUGUGAAGUUUCUUAAGGAAGUGCUAAGAGACCUUACGCACACCAAAGUGCAGCUUGAAACGGCGGCCUUUGACAUACAGUCCUUCAUCUCCGACCAUGCUCAAGAUCUGUCUCCCAACCAAAGCAGACAACUCCUGAGACUCCUAAAUACAACCCAGAAGUGUUUUCUUGAUGUGCAGGAUCUGGUAACCACGGAGGCGGACCGGUUAGAGACUCACUUACACCUAGAGCAGGAGCUCGGUCAUCAGAAGGUUGUGGCAGAGCGUCAGCACGAGUACAAAGAGAAACUCCAAGGACUGUGUGAUCUCCUCACCCAAACCGAAAACCGCCUAAUCAGUCAGCAAGAAGCCUUUGUGAUUGGAGAUGGCACAGUGGAGUUAAAGAAGUACCAGACCAAGCAAGAGGAAUUGCAGAGAGAGAUGCGAGGAAGUACGCAGGCACUGGCAGACAUAGUGAGAAACACGGAAAUCUUCUUAAAAGAGAGCGGCGACGAGCUGUCCCGAGAAGAUAAAGCUUUGAUCGAGCAGAAGCUGAGCGAGGCCAAGGUGAAGUGCGAGCAGCUGAAUCUAAAGGCGGAACAGUCGAAAAAGGAGCUGGAUAAAGCGGUGACGUCCGCCAUCAAGGAGGAGGCUGAAAAGGUUGCAGCUGUGAGGCAGCUGGAAGAGAGCAAAACCAAAAUAGAAAACCUUAUGGACUGGUUGUCGAACGUGGAGAAGGACUCAGAGGGGGCAGGCAUGAAGCACACGCGGAUGAUGGAGCAGAACGGAACCCAUUCUCUUGACGGUGACGGCAAGUCAGCAGCUGGUGAGGAGGACAAAGUCAAUGGUAACCUGCUGGAGACAGACACUGAGGAGCUCGGCGGGACCACGGAGGAGAAUCUGAACCAGCAGUACCAGAGAGUCAAGGCCCAGCACGAAAAGAUCAUGGCUCAGCACCAGGCGGUCAUCCUAGCCACGCAGUCUGCGCAGGUACUGCUUGAGAAACAGGGCCACUACCUGUCACCCGAAGAAAGGGAGAAGCUGCAGGCGAACAUGCAGGAGCUGAAAGCGCAUUAUGAGACUGCGCUGGCCCAGUCCGAGAAGAAGGUGAAGCUGACGCAUUCCCUGCAGGAGGAGCUGGAGAAGUUUGACGCUGACUGUAGCGAGUUCGAGCAUUGGCUCCAGCAGUCGGAACAAGAGCUGGAGAACCUGGAGGCGGGUGCCGACGACCUCAGUGGGCUAACGGACAAGCUGGCCAGGCAGAAGAGUUUCUCCGAAGACGUCAUCUCACACAAAGGUGACUUGAGGUACAUCACCAUUUCCGGAAACAGGGUGUUAGAAGCCGCCAAGUCUUGCGGCAAGAGAGACGGCCACAGGGACGACAGGGACAGCGUGGACACUUCCGCAACCCACAGAGAGGUUCAGACCAAACUCGACCAGGCUACACAGCGCUUCCGGUCUCUCUACUCUAAGUGCAACGUUCUCGGGAAUAACCUGAAAGAUCUGGUGGAUAAAUACCAACACUACGAAGACGCUUCAUGUGGGCUUCUUUCUGGGCUGCAGGCCUGCGAGGCCAAAGCGAGCAAACAUCUGCUGGAGCCCAUUGCUGUGGACCCCAAAAACCUGCAGAGGCAGUUAGAAGAGACCAAGGCUUUGCAAGGACAGAUAUCAAGUCAGCAGGUGGCCGUGGAGAAGCUGAAAAAAACGGCAGAAGUACUCUUGGAUGCCAAGGACUCGCUCCUUCCCGCCAAGAACGACAUCCAGAAGACACUGGAUGAUAUUGUUGGGAGAUACAACGACCUGUCCAAGUCUGUGAAUGAACGGAAUGAGAAGCUUCAGAUAACACUGACCCGCUCUCUGAGUGUGCAGGAUGGCUUGGAUGAGAUGCUGGACUGGAUGGGAAGUGUGGAGAGCUCACUGGUCAAACAAGGUCAAGUGCCCUUAAACUCCACAGCUCUUCAGGAUCUCAUCAGUAAAAACAUCAUGUUGGAACAGGACAUUGCAGGUCGUCAGAGCAGCGUGAAUGCCAUGAAUGAAAAAGUGAAGAUGUUUGUGGAGACGACAGACCCAUCCACUGCCUCCUCACUGCAAGCGAAGAUGAAGGACCUGUCUGCUCGGUUUUCCGAAGCGAGUCAGAAACAUAAAGAAAAGCUUGCCAAGAUGGUGGAGCUGAAGGCCAAAGUAGAGCAGUUUGAAAAACUCUCCGAAAAGCUGCAAGUGUUUCUGGAGACCCAGAGCCAGGCACUCACUGAGGUGGACAUGCCGGGAAAAGAUGUUCCGGAGCUGUCUCAGCAUAUGCAGGAAUCCACUACUAAAUUCUUAGAACACAAGAAAGAUCUCGAAGCUUUGCACAGCCUCCUGAAAGAGAUAUCCAGCCAUGGCUUACCAGGGGACAAAGCUCUGGUGUUUGAAAAAACAAAUAAUUUGUCAAAGAAAUUCAAAGAACUGGAGGAUACUAUCCAAGAAAAAAAAGAAGCUAUAAGUUCUUGUCAGGAGCAGCUGAGUGCUUUCCGAGACCUUGCUCAGUCGCUGAAGUCCUGGAUAAAUGAAACAGCAAAGCAGGUUCCCGUCGUGAAGCCUUCCUUGGGUGCAGAGGCCUUGGGGAAAUCUCUGGAAGAAACCAAGAAACUACAAGAAAAGUGGAGUUUGAAAGCACCCGAGAUUCAGAGAGCCACCAACAGUGGGGUCUCACUAUGUAACCUGAUAAGUGCAGUGACCACCCCUGCCAAGGCCAUCACAGCAGUCAAAUCAGGAGGAGUAAUACUAAAUGGUGAAGGGACAGACACAAAUACUCAGGAUUUCUUGGCAAAUAAAGGUUUAACAUCUAUUAAAAAGGACAUGACUGACAUAAGCCACAGUUAUGAAGACCUUGGCCUCUUACUCAAGGAUAAAAUAGCUGAACUGAACACGAAACUCUCCAAGUUGCAAAAGGCCCAGGAAGAAUCAAGCGCGAUGAUGCAGUGGCUACAGAAAAUGAACAAAACUGCAGACAAAUGGCACCAGACACCAACACCUACAGACACCGAAUCUGUGAAGAUACAAGUCGAGCAGAAUAAGUCAUUUGAGGCAGAACUGAAGCAGAAUGUAAACAAGGUCCAAGAGCUGAAAGACACGUUGACAGAGCUGCUGAAGGAAAACUCAGAGGCCCCCGAGGCCCCCACCUGGAAACAGACGCUGACAGAGAUGGAUACCAAGUGGCAAGAGCUCAACCAGUUAGCAGUUGAUAGGCAGCAAAAGCUGGAAGAAUCCUCCAAUAAUCUAACCCAGUUCCAGACCACAGAGGCCCAGUUAAAACAGUGGCUUGUGGAGAAAGAGUUGAUGGUCAGUGUUCUUGGACCCUUAUCCAUUGACCCAAAUAUGUUGAACACACAGAGGCAGCAGGUGCAGAUUCUGCUUCAAGAAUUCGACACUCGGAAACCUCAAUAUGAACAGCUCAGAGCAGCCGGCCGGGGCAUCCUGAGCAGACCCGGGGAAGACCCUUCUUUACACGGAAUUGUGAACGAGCAACUGGUAGCUGUGACCCAGAAGUGGGACAACCUGACGGAACAACUGAGGGACAGGUGUGACUGGAUUGACCAGGCUAUUGUCAAAAGCACACAGUACCAGGGCCUCCUGAGAAGUCUUUCCACUACCCUGAGUGAGCUGGAUGACAGGCUCAGCAGCAGCCUCACUGUGGGCACGCUGCCUGAUGCUGUGAACCAGCAGCUGGAGGCGGCCCAGAAACUGAAGCAGGAAAUAGAGCAGCAAACCCCACAGCUCAGGGCAGCCCAGGCACUCUGUGAGGACCUCUCAGCGCUGGUCAAAGAAAGCUACUUGAAAGCAGAACUGAGCAGGCAACUGGAAGGCGUCAUGAAAUCGUUUAAGGAUAUUGAACAAAAAACAGAGAAUCAUGUUCAGCACCUUCAAUCAGCCUGUGCAAGCUCUCACCAAUUUCAGCAAAUGUCUAAGGAUUUUCAGGCUUGGCUUGACACAAAGAAGGAAGAACAAAGAAACUCUCCCCCAAUAUCAGCCAAAUUUGAUGUCUUGGAGUCAUUACUUAAAGCUCAGAAAGACUUCAGCAAAACUUUCACUGAGCAGUCUAACAUUUACGAAAAAACCAUUGCGGAAGGUGAAAACCUGUUAUUAAAAACACAGGGGGCGGAGAAAGCAGCCUUACAGUUACAGCUUAACACGAUUAAAACCAACUGGGACCGAUUCAGAAAACAGGUGAACGAGAGGGAAGACAAGUUGAAAGACUCACUGGAAAAAGCCCUCAAGUACAGAGAGCAGGUGGAAACUCUGCAGCCGUGGGUAGACAAAUGUCACCAGAGUCUGGACAAAGUCAAGUUCUGCCUGGAUCCUGCUGAGACAGAGAACUCCAUUGCCGAGUUAAAGUCUCUGCAGAAGGAAAUGGACCACCACUUUGGUAUGGUGGAGCUACUCAACAACACAGUCAAUAGCCUACUCAGUGUCUGUGAGGUAGAUAAAGAGGUGGUUACAGAUGAGAAUAAGGCAUUGAUCCAGAAGGUAGACAGGGUCACCGAACAGCUUCAGAGUAAGAAAGUCUCCCUGGAGAACAUGGCCCAGAAGUUUAAAGACUUCCAGGAAGUCUCCAAAGAAGCCAAAAGGCAGCUCCUGUGUGCAAAAGAACAGCUGGAUGCCCAUCACUCCCUAGGGCCCCAGGCCUACAGUAACAAGCACCUGACCAUGCUCCAGACUCAGCAGAAGUCACUCCAGACCCUGAAGCAUCAGGUAGACUUGGCAAAAAGGCUCGCCCAGGACCUCGUGAUAGAAGCUGCAGCCUCAAAGGGAACCGCUGAUGUUCUGUUUCAAGCAGAAACAUUAGCUGAAGAGCAUGAAAGACUAAGCCAACAAGUGGACGAGAAGUGUUCUUUCCUGGAAACCAAGCUGCAGGGUAUUGGCCACUUCCAGAAUACCAUCCGAGAGAUGUUUUCUCAGUUUACAGAGUUUGACGAUGAGCUGGAUAGCAUGGCUCCAGUGGCGAGAGAGAGAGAAACCCUGAAAAAGCAAAAGGCAGCCAUACAGACCUUCCUGAAGAAACUGGAAGCCCUCAUAGCAAACAACGGCAAUGCCAACAAAACCUGCAAGAUGAUGCUGGCCACAGAAGAAACCUCUCCUGACCUCAUUGGAAUCAAAAGGGACUUAGAAGCCUUGAGCAAACAGUGCAACAAGUUGCUGGACCGAGCAAAAGCCAGAGAAGAGCAGGUGGAAGGUGCCACUGAGCGGCUUGAGGAGUUCUACCGCAGACUGGAAGAGUUCUCCACUCUGCUCGGGAAGGCCGAAGAACACGAAGAGUCACAAGGUCCCGUGGGGACGGAAACAGAGACAAUUAACCAGCAGCUUGACGUGUUUAAGGUGUUCCAGAAAGAAGAAAUUGAACCCUUGCAGGUGAAGCAGCAAGAUGUGAACUGGUUAGGUCAAGGCCUCAUUCAGAGUGCAGCUGCAAACACCUGCACUCAGGGUUUGGAGCGUGACCUGGAUGAUGUCAACGCACGGUGGAAAACUCUCAAUAAGAAGGUGGCUCAGAGAGCAGCCCAGCUGCAGGAGGCCCUGCUCCACUGUGGCAGGUUCCAGGAUGCCCUGGAGUCCCUGCUCAGCUGGAUGGCAGACACCGAGGAACUUGUGGCCAAUCAGAAGCCUCCAUCAGCCGAGUUCAAAGUGGUGAAGGCCCAGAUACAAGAGCAAAAGCUUCUGCAAAGACUGCUGGAAGACCGGAAGUCCACGGUGGAGGUGAUCAAACGAGAAGGAGAGAAAAUCGCUGCUUCGGCCGAACCUGCAGACAGAGUGAAGCUGUGCAGGCAACUGAGCCUCCUGGACAGCCGCUGGGAGGCUCUGCUUAGCCGAGCUGAAGCCAGGAACCGCCAGUUGGAAGGUAUCUCAGUGGUAGCGCAGGAGUUCCACGAGACCUUGGAACCGCUGAAUGAGUGGCUCACGGCCAUCGAGAAGAGACUGGCCAACUCUGAGCCCAUCGGAACCCAGGCCCCGAAGCUUGAGGAGCAGAUCGCACAGCACAAAGCUUUAGAAGAUGACAUCAUCAAUCACAAUAAACAUUUACACCAGGCUAUUAGCAUUGGCCAGUCCUUAAAGAUUUUGAGCUCCAGGGAGGAUAAAGAUAUGGUGCAGAGUAAACUAGACUUCUCUCAAGUGUGGUACUUUGAGAUUCAGGAGAAAAGCCACAGCAGGUCUGAGCUCCUCCAGCAGGCCCUGUGUAACGCUAAGAUUUUUGGGGAAGAUGAAGUGGAGCUGAUGAACUGGCUGAACGAGGUGCAUGGCAAACUGAGCAAGCUCUCAGUCCAGGAUCACAGCGCUGAGGCGCUAUGGAAACAGCAGUCCGAACUUCGGGCUCUACAAGAAGACAUCCUCCUCAGGAAACAGAAUGUCGAUCAGGCACUGCUGAAUGGUUUAGAGCUGCUUAAACAAACCACAGGUGAUGAAGUUUUAAUAAUUCAGGAUAAGUUGGAAGCCAUUAAAGCAAGGUACAAAGACAUCACCAAACUGAGUGCCGAUGUAGCCAAGACUCUGGAACACGCUCUGCAGCUCGCCAGACAGUUGCAGUCCAUGCACCAGGAGCUGUGCAGCUGGCUGGACAGGGUGGAGGUGGAGUUGCUCUCCUACGAGACGCAGGCCCUGAAAGGAGAAGCCUCAAGCCAAGUCCAAGAGAGACAGAAAGAACUGAAGAAAGAAGUUAAGAGCAACAAAGCCUUACUGGAUUCUCUUAAUGAAGUGAGCGGCGCUUUGUUGGAACUGGUACCCUGGAGGGCAAGAGAAGGACUCGAGAAAAUGGUAGCUGAGGACAAUGAGCGCUACCGAUUGGUGAGCGACACCAUCACUCAGAAAGUGGAAGAGAUCGAUGCUGCCAUUCUGCGGUCUCAGCAGUUUGAGCAAGCGGCAGAGGCUGAGUUAUCCUGGAUUACUGAAAUAGAGAAGAAGUUAAUGUCUCUGGGUGACAUCAGGCUUGAGCAAGACCAGACCUCUGCUCAGCUGCAGGUUCAAAAGGCAUUCACCAUGGAUAUUUUGAGACACAAGGAUAUUGUUGAUGAACUUGUUAAAUCUGGACAUAAAAUCAUGACCACAUCUAGCGAAGAGGAAAAGCAGUCAAUGAAGAAAAAACUGGAUAAGAUAUUGAAGAACUAUGAUGCCAUCUGCCAGAUAAACUCAGAGAGGCACCUGCAGCUGGAGCGGGCACAGUCCCUCGUUAGCCAGUUCUGGGAGACGUACGAGGAACUCUGGCCGUGGCUGACAGAAACACAAAGAAUCAUCGCCCAGCUGCCUGCCCCAGCCCUGGAAUAUGAAACUCUGAGACGGCAGCAGGAAGAGCACCGGCAACUGCGAGAACUGAUAGCCGAACACAAGCCUCACAUAGAUAAGAUGAACAAGACCGGGCCGCAGUUACUGGAAUUGAGCCCAAAGGAAGGCGUCUAUAUCCAAGAAAAGUAUGUGGCAGCCGACACCCUUUACAGCCAAAUUAAAGAAGAUGUCAAAAAGCGAGCCGUGGUACUCGACGAAGCCAUUUCCCAGUCAACUCAGUUUCAUGACAAGAUCAACCAGAUCCUCGAGAGCCUGGAGCGUAUCAUGGAGCGUCUGAGGCAGCCACCGUCCAUCUCCGCAGAGGUUGAAAAGAUCAAGGAACAGAUUGGUGAAAAUAAGAGCGUGUCUGUGGACAUGGAGAAGCUGCAGCCACUGUAUGAGACGCUGAGGCAGCGGGGAGAGGAGAUGAUUGCCAGGUCUGAGGGCACCGAGAAAGACAUAUCUGCUAAAGCCGUGCAGGACAAGCUGGACCAAAUGGUUUUCAUUUGGGAAAACAUACACAUGCUGGUAGAAGAAAGGGAGGCCAGAUUGCUGGAUGUUAUGGAACUGGCAGAGAAAUUCUGGUGUGACCACAUGUCAUUGAUUGUUACCACAAAAGACACUCAAGAUUUCAUCCGGGACCUGGAAGAUCCCGGGAUUGAUCCCUCAGUAGUAAAACAGCAACAGGAAGCAGCAGAGGCAAUAAGAGAGGAAUUUGAUGGCCUGCAAGAGGAGCUAGACCUGGUCACCACACUGGGCUCUGAGCUGAUCGCUGCCUGUGGGGACCCUGAUAAGCCCAUUGUCAAGAAAAGCAUAGACGAGUUAAAUUCAGCCUGGGAUUCUCUAAAUAAAGCUUGGAAAGACCGGGUUGACAAACUGGAAGAGGCCAUGCAGGCUGCCGUUCAGUACCAAGAUGGAUUGCAGGCAAUAUUUGACUGGGUUGAUAUCGCAGGCAAUAAAUUAGCCUCAAUGACUCCAAUUGGAACGGAUCUUGAGACCGUCAAGCAACAGAUUGAAGAGCUGAAGCAAUUUAAGUCAGAGGCUUAUCAACAGCAGAUAGAAAUGGAAAGGCUGAACCAUCAAGCAGAACUUUUGCUGAAGAAAGUGACAGAGGAGGUUGACAAGCACACUGUUCAAGACCCGUUGAUGGAGCUGAAACUGAUAUGGGAUAGCCUGGAUGAACGAAUCGUGAGCAGACAGCACAAGCUGGAGGGUGCCCUCUUGGCGCUGGGUCAGUUCCAGCAUGCCCUGGAUGAGCUCCUGGCAUGGAUGACGCACACAAAGGGCUUGUUGAGUGAGCAGAAACCUGUUGGAGGAGACCCGAAAGCCAUUGAAAUUGAACUUGCCAAGCAUCAUGUGCUCCAAAACGACGUGUUAGCCCACCAGUCCACCGUGGAAGCAGUCAACAAAGCAGGAAAUGAUCUCAUUGCGUCGAGUGCGGGAGAAGAAGCAAGCAACCUCCAGUACAAGCUCAAAAUUUUAAAUCAACGCUGGCAGGAUAUUUUGGAAAAAACCGAUCGAAGGAAGCAGCAGUUGGAUAGUGCCUUGCGCCAGGCCAAAGGGUUCCAUGGUGAGAUUGAAGAUUUGCAACAGUGGCUGACUGACACAGAGCGCCAUCUCUUGGCAUCCAAACCCCUGGGAGGCUUGCCAGAAACAGCCAAGGAGCAGCUUAACGCACAUAUGGAAGUCUGCACUGCCUUUGACAUCAAAGAAGAAACAUACAAGAGUUUGAUGCAGAAAGGGCAGCAGAUGCUCGCAAGAUGCCCCAAAUCUGCAGAGACAAACAUUGACCAAGACAUAAACAACUUGAAAGAGAAAUGGGAAUCGGUGAAGAGCAAACUCAACGAGAAGAAAGCUAAAUUGGAAGAGGCCCUCCACCUAGCGAUGGACUUCCACAAUUCCCUCCAGGACUUCAUCAACUGGCUUACCCAGGCCGAACAAACCCUGAAUGUGGCUUCUCGGCCAAGUCUCAUCUUGGACACAAUCUUGUUUCAAAUCGAUGAGCACAAGGUCUUCGCCAAUGAGGUGAAUUCUCACCGUGAGCAGAUAAUAGAGCUAGACAAAACUGGGACCCACCUGAAGUACUUCAGUCAGAAACAGGAUGUGGUGCUCAUCAAGAACCUGCUCAUCAGUGUGCAGAGUCGGUGGGAGAAGGUGGUCCAGCGGUUAGUGGAGAGAGGAAGGUCCUUGGACGACGCGAGGAAGAGGGCCAAGCAGUUCCACGAAGCUUGGAGUAAGCUGAUGGAAUGGCUGGACGAGUCAGAAAAAUGUUUGGAUUCUGAACUGGAAAUCGCCAAUGACCCAGACAAGAUAAAAACACAGCUGGCACAGCACAAGGAGUUUCAGAAAUCACUCGGAGGUAAACAUUCUGUCUAUGAUACCACCAAUCGAACUGGACGUUCCCUGAAGGAGAAAACCUCACUGGCUGAUGACAACCUGAAGUUGGACAACAUGCUGAGUGAACUCAGGGACAAAUGGGACACCAUAUGUGGAAAGUCUGUGGAAAGACAAAACAAACUGGAGGAGGCCCUAUUAUUUUCUGGACAAUUCACAGAUGCCCUGCAGGCCCUCAUUGAUUGGCUGUAUCGAGUUGAGCCCCAGCUGGCAGAAGACCAGCCUGUCCAUGGAGACAUUGAUUUAGUGAUGAACCUGAUUGAUAAUCACAAGGUCUUCCAAAAAGAGUUGGGGAAGAGGACCAGCAGCGUGCAGGCACUGAAGCGCUCAGCCAGAGAGCUCAUAGAAGGCAGCCGGGAUGACUCCUCCUGGGUCAAGGUCCAGAUGCAGGAAUUAAGCACCCGCUGGGAGACUGUGUGUGCACUUUCUAUAUCAAAGCAGACGCGGUUAGAAGCAGCCCUGCGUCAGGCAGAGGAAUUUCACUCUGUGGUCCAUGCCCUCCUCGAGUGGCUGGCGGAAGCAGAGCAAACGCUGCGUUUCCACGGUGCUCUCCCGGAUGAUGAGGAUGCUCUCCGGACUCUCAUUGAUCAGCAUAAAGAGUUCAUGAAGAAACUGGACGAGAAAAGAACCGAACUGAAUAAGGCCACUGAUAUGGGUGACGCUCUUCUGGCCAUCUGCCACCCUGACUCCAUUACCACCAUUAAGCACUGGAUAACAAUCAUCCAGGCCAGGUUUGAAGAGGUGCUAGCCUGGGCGAAGCAGCAUCAGCAGAGGUUGGCAGGGGCCCUGGCCGGGCUCAUUGCUAAGCAGGAAUUGUUGGAAACUUUGCUGGCGUGGUUGCAGUGGGCCGAAACUACCCUCAGUGAGAAAGAUAAGGAAGUCCUCCCACAGGAAAUUGAAGAAGUGAAAACCCUCAUUGCAGAACACCAGACCUUCAUGGAAGAAAUGACCAGAAAACAGCCCGACGUCGACAAAGUUACCAAGACCUACAAGAGGAGAGCAGCUGACCCUUCUGCUCUGCAAUCUCACAUCCCAGUCUUGGACAAGGGACGGGCCGGAAGGAAACGCUUCCCAGCCUCAGGCUUGUAUCCAUCUGGACCGCAGACACAGAUCGAAACGAAGAAUCCCAGGGUUAACCUGCUGGUGGGCAAAUGGCAGCAGGUGUGGCUCCUGGCUCUGGAGAGGAGGAGGAAGCUCAACGACGCCUUGGACCGGCUGGAGGAGCUGAGGGAAUUUGCUAACUUCGAUUUUGAUAUCUGGCGUAAAAAAUACAUGAGGUGGAUGAAUCAUAAGAAAUCUCGAGUGAUGGACUUCUUCAGGAGAAUCGAUAAGGACCAGGAUGGAAAGAUCACGCGGCAGGAAUUUAUUGAUGGAAUCCUUUCCUCAAAGUUCCCUACUAGUCGCCUGGAGAUGAGUGCGGUGGCAGACAUCUUCGACAGAGAUGGUGACGGAUACAUCGACUACUAUGAGUUUGUGGCAGCUCUGCAUCCAAACAAAGACGCGUACAAACCCGUCACAGACGCCGACAAAAUCGAAGAUGAGGUCACGAGGCAAGUAGCUAAGUGUAAAUGUGCAAAGCGAUUCCAAGUUGAACAAAUCGGCGACAACAAAUACAGGUUCUUCCUGGGAAAUCAGUUUGGAGACUCCCAGCAGCUGCGACUGGUCCGGAUCCUGCGGAGUACGGUGAUGGUUCGUGUUGGAGGUGGAUGGAUGGCUCUGGAUGAGUUCUUAGUGAAAAAUGAUCCAUGCAGGGUUCAUCAUCAUGGGAGUAAAAUGUUACGUUCGGAAUCAAACUCUUCAAUUACUACUACUCAGCCUACUAUAGCUAAAGGAAGGACCAACAUGGAGCUCCGUGAAAAGUUCAUCCUAGCAGAGGGUGCCAGCCAGGGCAUGGCUGCCUUCCGGCCACGAGGCCGCAGAUCGCGACCUUCAUCCCGAGGGGCUUCACCCAACAGAUCCACUUCCAUGUCCAGCCAUGCUGGCCAGGCAGCCUCCCCACAGGUGCCUGCUGCCGCCAGCACACCCAAGAUUCUCCACCCUUUAACACGCAAUUACGGUAAACCGUGGUUGACAAACAGCAAACUGUCAACUCCUUGUAAAGCAGCCGAGUGCUCAGACUGUCCCGUGUCAUCUGCAGAGGGAACUCCAAUCCAGGGGAGCAAGCUACGACUUCCGGGGUAUCUGUCAGGGAAAGGCUUCCACUCCGGGGAGGACAGAGCCUUGAUCACAGCCGUAGCUGCCCGAGUCCGAACGCAGCUCGCUGAAUCCAGGAAGACUCCCAGCCGCCCCGGAAGCAGAGCCGGAAGCAAAGCUGGCAGUAGGGCCAGCAGCCGCCGAGGCAGUGACGCGUCAGACUUUGACAUUUCCGAAAUCCAGUCUGUGUGCUCAGACGUGGAGACUGUCCCACAGCCGCACAGACCUGUGCCCCGAGCAGGUUCUCGGCCAUCCACAGCCAAGCCUUCAAAAAUCCCCACGCCCCAGAGGAAGUCACCUGCCAGCAAACUAGACAAGUCUUCAAAGAGAUAGUGCAAUUGGCUCCAGCAAGCCCUUCCCUGAGCAUUUAUUAUUUAAGUGAAUGAUGUAAAAUGCGAUGUAGAGAUUACUGUGAAAUAUUGCAGGAGGCGAGUUUUAAAUUCUACAGAUGGCCUUAUUUGUGUAUUUGUCUUUUUAUUUGAUCUGUAUCACUUUUUGGUCAGAUUUUCUGGGGGUAAAAGUCACAUCAUAUGUGAUAAGGAAGAAAGGGUUUAACAUGAACUGGUGUUCCUGCACUGUCACGUGUAGACCACACACUAAAGUCGGUUACUGUCCUACAGGUAAGUCUGCAUCCUCGACGACAGCCACAGCACUACACAGCUGCAUUCAGGGAUACCUCAUGACACUCGUCUCUGUGAAAAUUCCGAGCAUCUGACAGACUUAGCAGGGAAAUUUUUUUUUUUUUUUUUUGAGAUGCUUUAACUGUAAAUCAGAAGGAAAGUCAAAGGAAAAACACAUCAACACCCAGUUCUUCAAGCAGUAACCAACAGAGACUCACAGGAGUUUGCUCCAAGCAGCCGCGGGUAACCAGGGUGUGCGAGCACCUCUCAGCAUCCUUGAUCCGUUGCUUCAAACGCAGCCAGACGUGCCCUGGGUAUCAGCCGUCUACACUGUAAGAAUGUGAUGCCAAGUGCAUUCGUAUAAACGUGAGGUUUGCUUUGCUUGGGUGGACAGCAGCCCUGUAUCAUUGAACUCAUUUUGUAACAGCAAUUUCGCUUGCAAAAAAAAAAAGAAAGAAAGAAAGCUAUGAAAUAAAACAUGUCCCUUAACUUCAUUGCUAUGGAAUUAAUUUUUUUCCCCAGGGAAAACUGGUGUAUUUUUUUAUGAACAGUAUCCAUUUGGAGUGACCAAAAGAUACUUUAAAAGUGGGUUUAUUUUGAUUUCUCAUCUGGAAUAAUCAUGUUCUGGUAUUAUAUCGACUUAUAUUUAAUAAAUAUGCAUUUUAAUUUAUUAUGUAUACUCACAUACUAGAGAAAGAUAUUAGUAUGCAUUUAAUAAAACAUAUUCACUUGAA